AUGGCAGUAGAAUGGAAACAUUCAGUUCAAAAAAGUCACAAUGAACUACAAGAAGCGGGAAAAAGAAGAUCAAAAGGUGUGAUCAAAAUUCAUGGAGUUGACCCAUUCUUCAUUACUGCAAAGUAUAAAAACGACCAAGGUGAUACCGCUGCUAAUCUGCUCUUGGCUAAUCUCCAUCUUCCAGGAAGCGGCUACUGGUCAAUUAGCCGACAUCCGAACUAUAUUAGUGAAGCUGCCACUUUUGCAGUAUUCUCAGCGUUUCAAGGUCCAGCCACUCUUGCUUGCCAUUUGCCAGCUGUAUUUAUAGCGGGUAAGUCUCCUAAUUCUUGGGAAGAGGUUGUUUAUGUAAAGACAAAGACAUUUACUUCAGGUUUCCUCUUCGUUCGGCUUUGGAAUGAUGAAACAAGAUGUUUAGCGAAAUACGGGCAAUACUGGAUACAAUACUGUUUCCUCUUCGUUCGGCUCUGGAAUGAUGAAACAAGAUGUUUAGCGAAAUACGGGCAAUACUGGAUACAAUACUGUAACAAAGUACCUUUCCGAAUAUUACCUGGGAUAUACUGA